GGACAUGGAGGAAGCUAAGGGGGUAGGUGUGUGGAUAAAAUUUUGUAAUGUGAAGAGUGGACAAAACAUAAAUAGAUAUACUAUAGUAUAGUAUAGUAUACUAGGAUGUCAUAACGCCAUCUGUUGGGAAGGUGAUGAAUACAACAAAAUAUGGGAAAAAGACUGAAUGUGGCAGUCGCAAAUUAAAUAAUCACACAUACAUACUUCUUUCUAUCCAAUCCAUACUCUAAUUAUUGCUUCAUUUCCAAAGCCAUGACUUCCUCCACUGCUGCUUCCCCUGUUUUUGCUCUCUCCUCCUUCCAACUGAAGCCAGUUAGCAACACCAAAAACUACCUCCCCUCCUCCUUCUCAAUCCCCACUACUUUCUUUCCUCUUUCUCCUUUGAUUUCCAGAAAAUCAUCAUUUCGAGCAAUGGCAACAGUUGUCAAGGAAAAUGAAGAAAAAGUGGUUGUGGAGGAAUCAUUCCCUCCUAAGGCUUCUCCUGCUCAAGACGGUGAAGGAGGCAAUAACCAAGGACCUCAAAGUUCAUCAUCCACUCAUGGUUUUGAUAAUUGGAUCAUUACGUUCGAACAAUCUAUUAAUGUUUUUCUCACGGAUUCGGUAAUAAGAAUUCUUGACGCCUUUUACCACGAUAGAUAUUACGCAAGGUUCUUUGUCUUAGAAACUAUUGCUCGGGUUCCCUAUUUUGCGUUUCUGUCAGUUCUACAUUUAUAUGAAAGUUUUGGGUGGUGGAGAAGAGCUGAUUAUCUAAAAGUUCACUUUGCUGAGAGCUGGAAUGAGAUGCAUCACUUGUUGAUCAUGGAGGAACUGGGGGGUAAUGAUUGGUGGUUCGAUCGUUUUCUCGCGCAACAUAUCGCUGUAGCUUAUUACUUCAUGACAGUAUUUAUGUACAUGAUUAGCCCAAGGAUGGCAUAUCAUCUUUCUGAAUGUGUUGAAAGCCACGCAUUUUCAACUUAUGAUAAGUUCCUAAAGGCCCAAGGAGAUGAGUUGAAAAAAUUGCCUGCUCCUGAGGUUGCUGUGAAAUAUUACACUGAAGGAGACUUGUACUUAUUUGAUGAAUUUCAAACAUCGAGGCCUCCCAAAUCACGAAGACCAAAGAUAGAGAGCUUGUACGACGUGUUUGUUAACAUCAGAGACGACGAAGGCGAGCAUUGCAAGACAAUGAAAGCUUGUCAAUCGCACGGGAAUCUCCGGUCACCACAUUCUUAUUCAGAUCGCUUUCGUGAAGAUAACGAGUCACUCUGUGACCCUAACGAAGUAGAUUGUGAAGGCAUUGUAGACUCUAUGAAGAAAUCAGUUACUUCUUCCCCUUCGAUAACGCAAAAUCUAUGAUAUAUGUAAAAUGUAAGUUUACUAGAUUCAUACAUAGUAAAUAUUUACUAGUGAACAAGAAAUGCAAGAUCCAUAUAUAUGUAUACGCUAUUCUUACAAAGAUGACAUUGUGCCUAUGAAAUACAGUGGUUAAUGGUUAUAUUA